UCUGUGCGCAGUGUCUUCUCUUCAAUUUGUUUACAAAAUUGAAAGGAUUGUAUUAAUUUCGAUGGGGUCAGCUAUCAAUUUCCUCGAUCACAAACUGAAGCCCGCAGUACAAAGCGACGCAAUUGACGAUGAUUUUCACCCACUUAGUAAUCUCAUUUCAAGUGAUCGAAGGGCAUUGGAAGAAGGAUUUAUGGCCUACCCGGUAACAAAACCUCCUCUAGAAAUAGUCUUUACGUUGCAUUGUCCUAUCGUAAUUCAUCGCCUAAAGUUGUGGGUCCAUAUGGGUGCACUAAAAACCACUGCCGUAGAUGUCUAUGUGCAGAACAAAAGAGGCAAUUUUGACAAAAUAGGAAGUGGAGAAUCACAAACAGCAGAAAUAUUUGAGUUCGUAAACAUUCGUAAAGUAGCAGCUCUUUCCGAACCAGCAGAUUCACGGAUUGCACAGUAUACUUUAUUUCCUACUGUGGGAUAUUUACUGGCCAACUGUUCUGUCAUUAAGUUAGUCAUCAAAAAGACUGCUCGCUGUGUUGCAGUGCUCCGAAAAAUAGAGUGUUGGGGUCAGCCAGCUCGUAGUUGCUCUAAGCCGGUAAAAGAUUCCAUCGAAACUAUGUGGUACAAAAAUGCACAUCUUAUUGAAGACGAUUUUGAAACCUUGAGUAAUGAGGCACCUGAUACUCCAGCAACCGACAUACCGGAAGAAUUCUUGGACGAGCUAACUUGUGACAUAAUGACAAUUCCCAUGAUUCUGCCCUCGGGUAAACUGGUAGAUCAAAUGACAAUAGAAAAGCACAAUCAGGAGGAAGAAAAGUGGGGUCGACAAGCAUCGGAUCCUUUCACAAGCCUUAUCUACACUGAAAUGAGGAAGCCAAUGUUCAACGCAGCGUUGAAAUCACGCAUUGACCAAUUCCUCAUCAAGCAUUCCGACUCCACUAAGUUCCAGCAGCUACCUCGUACUGUUGGCACCAAUCUACGUUCGAUGACAACCAACAGCAUCCACUAUGUUUCUACUUGUGUUUCCCGAAAACGUAAGCUAGAAAGUGAACAUCCUGAGUUGGAUUAUUCAUGUUCUUCGUUAGAAGUUGCUGUCCGAAAGGCACUUUCCACUGCCACGAGGUAUACUCUAUCUGCCGUCGACGAGGAACAAUCUUUGAAUUCAUGUCACAGCUGCAUGAAGAGUUUAGGAUGUUUUUAUCGAAUUAUUUCCUGUAAACAUUUAAUUUGUCGAGAUUGUUUGGAAGCUCAAACACAAAGCCCAUCGUCAUGCAAAUGCAGCUGUGGCAUGAGAUUUGAAAGGAAAUUGGUGGAAAAACAUCAUGUAAGAUGAAUCAAUAAAGGCAUGAACAAAUAAUA